GCUAUAGCACGAAUUAUAAAACGUAAAGUCCGACUUUGUUGGCUGGCAAUUCCUUGGACACGCGCGCACAUAUCGGCGAUAUCGCUUCUCACGUACAUACGUGUCCUGACCCGAAUAUCCACCUCUUAAAAUCCACCGCAUAUAAAAAGUCUGCCGACAUUUGAAGAUGCGUAUUGUUCGUUUCGAGCAUCGCUUCGUCAAGGGACAUCCGAUUAGAGCUCCGACAUAUCAUGAUCUCGCUGAGAAAAGUCGUUAUCAUUGCGGCAGCUUUAAUAGCCAUCGCUGCGUUUGCGCACGCGAUAUCGACUCCCGGGCCUGCAGUCGCAUCCGGAGCUAUUACGAUCUAUCCGAUACCCCAAAGGCCGGGAUACGCGCCGAAUCCAUGGAUCUACCCGAAACCUACCACGGUGCAGCCGGGGCGAUAAACGUGGAUUCCAGGUUGUUCCUUCACGCAUCGCGCGCAUAUUUCGCAAAGUUGACUUUGUAACCGUCCUCUUUUUCGACUCGUAAACACGCUAGUUUAUUUCUAAUUCAACGUAUACCUUUUUCGUCUCAAAAUCGCCAGUUGAAAUUAAAAUCAAUAAUUUAAUGACUGGUGAUUUAUAUUCACCUGCGCAAUUAGUAAUAUGACAAAUAUAUUCAUGAUUAAUUUGAGAGAAUAUUUGUUGUUAUUUUGAUUAACAUUUUCGAUAUGAAUAAGUAAAUUAUGUUACAAAAUUGUAAAACUUUGUUAAAUUGUAUUGGAAUAUAUUGUAUAUUAAAUUUAAUUACUCAGUCAGUCUUACAAGUAAAAAAAAAUGUUGUACAAAGAUAUGAAUAAAAGCAAGAUAUAAUGAAUUCAAAA